GAGGCUGCUGCGCUGCAGUGGGGAGCAGAGGUUGUACUCCGCGCGUGCAAAGUGCCCGCGUCGCGUAGUGCCUGAAGGAUGAAGUGAAUCGUGUUCAGUGAGUGAUUAAGUGAUGAGUGCAUUCGUGUGAAACAUCGGGGCUAGAUCCCGCGGCCGCGAUGCCGGUGGAGGGCCAGCGGUGCGUCUGCGUCGUUGUACUCCUUAUUCACACCGUCAUCGGAGCUGGAGAAGCGCCAACAUCGUCCCCCCCAACACUGAAGCCCGAACACAACGAGCUGACGGUCACGUUCCCGCCCCUGGACGAUCUCUACCACACGCCUGAGAAGCACUUCGCAACUGAAAACAACACGGUUGUGACUUCACAAAUCGGCUCCACGGCUCUGUUGCCGUGUGUCAUUAGAAAUAUUGGUGAUGGAAUUAUAUCAUGGAUAAGAAGAAAAGACUAUCACCUCCUAACAGUCGGUCUGACCACAUACAGCUCCGACCAGAGGUUUCAAGCCAUUCAUCUACAGCAUUCAGAGGACUGGACACUGAAAGUGAAAUUCGUCCAAAGUCGUGAUGCGGGCAUUUACGAGUGCCAGGUUUCAUCUCAUCCGCCCACCAGUAUAUUUCUACGGCUAGAUGUCGUUGAGGCACGCGCGCAGAUUUCGGGUCCCACUGAGAAGUAUCUCAAGCCAGGCUCGACAUUGCGUCUGCAGUGCGCCAUCGUGCAGACAACGGAGGCACCAGCAUUUGUAUUCUGGUAUCACAAUAGCCGCAUGAUAAACUACGACGCCGAGCGCGGCAUCAAUGUGACCACGGACGCCGCGCAGCGCGUCUCGGAUCUGCUGAUACCGGCGGCGUCGGCGCAACACGCUGGCAACUAUACCUGCGUGCCCAACAACGCCGUUCCUGCUAGUAUAUACGUCCACAUAUUUAAUGGUGAAAACCCAGCGGCCAUGCAAUCGUCAUCGCCGAGCUACUACAUUCUGGGCAACUCUCUAUUACCAGCACUAACGAUAUUAAACCUCUCCCUUCGGUGACAAUCGUAAGCUUAACUGCCUUAGCAGAACGUAGCUAAGCUAAAUAUCUUCUGAAACCUUUGUAGGACGGUUCGUUUUUGCGUGAAUCGAGUUAGCGUUAAUUAGUGCUGCAAUGAGAAGCACUUAUUGCAUGCAGAUUUGUUUUUACUGCUGUUCACCGUGCUUAGUAGUAGGGGAGACAGACAGUUGUUUUUAUUUGCGAGUCAGAGUGACAUACUUUUUAGCGGCUUAAUGUAAAUUACUUAACGUUUGCAGUAAACGAAAUAAAACUUUUGUGAGACAUAUUUUAAACUGUUUAGACGACAACGGUUUCACUCACUUGAAUUUUUAGUCGCUAUUGGCGUAUUGCAGCCGCCACGAGCACUCGAGCCUGAAGGUGACAGUCCAUUUCCAACGACAGCUGCAUUAGGUACUGUUCAUUUUACUAUGAAAAUUGACAAUGACAGCGACGCGUUCAGUACCGGUAGUGCAGCUGCGGUUAUUAGAGAAGGAAUGUUACCAUGAGGAAUUUCGAAUGUUCAUCAAUAAUGUUUCUACUGCUUAUAUUUGGUAUAUCCUCCUUGCCUUAAUCAGCAAACUUAAGCAGCAAGGAAAAAAAGAUAUGUGUAUGAAAACAUGAUACGUCAGUAAAAUUACGUAAUGCGAGCUUGCAUCCUAGCCAAAUCUGAUGCGCUCUAGGAGGUCAGUAUGAAACUUGUUUUUUUUUACGAAUUUGAAAGCCUGCAGCCGCUCUCCCUACCGAUGAAAGUGAAUGAUGUAUUAAAGAAACUGGAACAUUGACAUAUUACUUCUAUGGAGCUGGGCAUUUGAGGAAAGUCUUUUCAAAAGGGCUUAUUUCUCCAAAAACAGCAUACAAAAAUUAAGCCCUCAUUUGAUUCUGAAAUAUGAUUUCAUUUCAUCAAACUGCACAACGGGACUUAAUCGCGUAUUUAAGUUUUAAGAUUUACCUCCGACGUUUCGAGGACGGCGUUGUCCCCGUGGUCUCGGAGAAGACUGGCUUAAGUUGACAUCAACAUCUUCUAGCCGCGCGAGUUUUUCGAACUACCCGCACUUGGUCUUGUUUAUCAGUUUGAACGUUUUGCGCACUAGGGAUGUCACUCUGUCGACACACAACACUAACGAUAUUCGAUUUAUCGACUGUCGAUAUUCGUUUCCGCUUGCAUUUACUAAUGACUGGAUUCCAUGUGGAUGAGAUCUUAAAACCCUCGUCCCGAUUAAAAUUGCAAUGUUUUUUGAUUUCAAUGGCUUGAUUUCAUUUAUCUAUAAAUUUAAAGGCACUGAUGCUUUGAAAUUGCUUUAAUAGUGAAAGGCUAGACGAGAGAUUCGAGUAUUAUUUAGUCUAAGUACUCAAAUUACGGAGCAUUCUUAAAACAUCUUUUAGGUGCAAACUAAUACUAAUAAGAUGUUAUGUUUUGAUUUAUUCACUAGAUCAAAGAUAAAUGAAUGAAAUGAUGAAGAAUAUAUAAAUAAUGUUGUAUAACUAUCACAUGCAAAAGAUGUUAUUUGUUGACGGAAUAUCUAUGUAGCUUACAUAGUUAUGAACAUUUAGCCAUUAACCAUUGCUUGUAGUCAUAGUCGUAUCCAAAUUUUACUUGUAUCUAUGUUCAAUCAACAUUCACGCAAAAACGUUUUCAUAUUGCAAUGAUUAAAAUAUAAAUAAUUGUAAGUGUUUAAUUUACUGUGUCCAUGUAAAAAUUUCAUCACUAGAAUAUAGUUAAUGAAUAUCAAUGUUAAAUAUAUACACAAAAUAUUUGUAAAAACAGGGAAGUAUUAUAUGUAGGUAAAGUCGGAAUUAAAUAAACAAAAAUCUGUAACUCCACUGAUGUUUAUUAAAAAAAGUUCAAUAUGUCAUUGUUAAAAUUUUUGUUGAAGCCAUUAAUAAAAUCGCAACUUGAUAAUUGUGUUUUGUAACAUCAAUAAAUUUGAGUGUAACCUUCAUAUCAACUUUUUUUUUUCAUAAAUUUUAUAAUUUUACUACCAUACAAAGUCAAAGACGACAUUUUAUAAUUUUAAUUGGGUAUAGUAUAAGCCAAUAAAACGUAUAGCUGUAGGCAAGUCAUGCAGUGACAUCAUUUGGGUAUAACCUUGUAAAAUUGGGAAUAAAAUCGUAUUGAUCGCUGUUUGGCUACUUAACUCAAAGUAUGGCCCAAACCAAACGACUCACAUCACAUCAAACCGAUCCUUUAAAAAUUGGGUUACGGAAAACUGGAGUAAGUAGGUACGUAUAUUGUAAUGUUAUACUUUGUGGUAGGUUUUGAGAAUGUUUUUUGUCAUUAAUAUAUUUAAUAUUUUUAAGUAAGUAUGUAGCUUCUUUUUGCAGACAGUUACGAUCUUUGUAUGUACCAACAAUAAUGAAAUUAAUAUUAUUGCAGUAAGGCCGAUAAUUAUGUACGAAGAAUUUCCUAUCUCUUUCGAACACGCGUAACUUCGGAUGUUUAAUAAUUUAUAAAUUAUAAAUAUCAGUGGGUUAGUAGUGAAAUAAAGUAGAACUUAAGUGGAAAUAAAAAUAUUCAAGCUGGUGGUAGGUACCACCACCGACACAGGUACCGACAGAGGUAUGUUAACUAGGUUUUGACAUACAAUACAACCAAUUACAAGUCCUACAACAAGGAACCUAGCCUUUACAUAUUGAUUAAUUUCCUAUACAAAUAUAUAUUACCGUAAAAACGCAUUUCCCCACUUAAAACCAAAUUUUCAGAAUUAAUUACGUUGCCUCACUGUAAAGUGUAAAAUCACAAAAAAAAUAUUGUAAAUAAUAUAAUUCAUGUAUAAUAUGGUAUCCCUAAGUAUUGUCAUUGUCAUUGUUACAGUUGUAAAUAAGUACCUAAAUUGUACUAGUCGUACAGCAGGCCACAUUAUGUAAUAAAACUAAUAAAAAAGAUGUUCAUUUU